GUAUGUGUACACUCGGCCGUCAGCUGAUCGUUUCUAUGUCAGGGAUAUACGCACACACGCACGUACAUUACCGAGUUUUCCUGAAGCAAGUGAUCACAAUACACCGAAAGGUUUCUUACCACGCAACCGUCAUGAUCAUGACCUCUUAACAAGCCAAGAUGAUGAUGAUUCUGCUAAGAAAUGAACCCGGCUGCUCGGAUAGAUGAGCUAAGUACGACGUAGUUCCACUUUCUCGUUAGAGAGUUUCGUAACACCACUUAUUUACACUGGUGCAAUGGUCUAAACUCGGUCACGUAGGGUAAUUACCGGCCAAGAAUGCAGUAUGAUUGAUGAAUGUAUUCGAUGGAUGCUUAUUAACGUUUCUGACGGGCCAUACAACACCUGCUGAUGAUAUAUUUUCUGCAGGUGCACGGAUAUACAAUGGAGUCAUGGCGGGCAGUCGCUCAGAGCAAAAACUAUGUAGAAAGCCAUAGAGAUAUGAAGGGUAGUGACGUUCCCUUCAACAUCUCGCUGCCACUGCUCGGGAUCGGACUGCUCUCCCUACUCCUCAGCCUUACAUUUUGCUGUUAUAUGUGGAGAUUGCGAUGUAAAGCUCGACAAGAACAAGGUUACAGGAGAAUCAAAUUCAAGACAACGAAGAAGAGAAAACUUCCCAAUGAUACCUGUCCAGUGUGCAUUGAGGAGUUUGAACAGUCGGAGUAUGUGGCCAUCUGUCCCUGUAACCACUGCUUUCAUAUGAAGUGUCUGUUGGAGUGGUUACGAUACCAGAAUGCCUGUCCAAUGUGCAAGGCACCUGUCCAAGCCUUGCCUUCUCCAGGGGAGAGAACUGGCCUCAUUCCACUUGACCGGAGGACACAGGAUGCAGAGAGGGCUGGACCAUCCUCUGCCGAGGCAGUGUAGUACAGCUGUAAAUAAAUUUUACAACUUAUAUUGUGAUACUAAGAUAAAUGCACUAGACAAGAUGGAUGGUACAGUCUUCUUCCCACGUGUUGGAGGUGACCGGAUCGGCCAUUGUGAUAGUUUUGAACCAGAAGAAUGCAUAUGUUCUGUAAUAUUGGAAACAGUCGAGAACUGUAGUUCUCAGUAUUUUGAUGUGAUGACGUGAAUUAAGGAGCAAUAAAUGGUCGCCAUUUCAGAAAACAAUUGUAAUUAAUUACGUACUUGGCAAUGGCGAUCAAGCUAUUAAGGCAAGACUCCAUCUUAAUCAAAAGGCCAUAUCUGAGCUGAUGUGAUCAAGUAAAUGUGAUAUCUUUGGAGUCUUUCAAUGACUCACAAUAAGUUUGUUAUAUCCCUUUAAUGUUCUAUUUUGUGUGCCAUAAAGAUUGGUGGCAAAAAUUGACUGCAAUAGCCCCUGUGAGUCUAACAGGGUCUGCAUCCCCUUGUGGUUGUGUUCAAUGAUGAUAGUUGUGGAAUUCUGAGAUUUGAAUGACAGUACAUUUGUAUUGUUCCACACUGAUGUUAAUAUUCAAUGGAAAGCCGCUAUGCAAAACAUCAUAUUUCAUUAUCAUGUGAUUAAGUUUAAUGAUUUCUUUAAUUUCAAACUGUACCAGUCAGGACCCAAUUACCAGAUCUCAAUAUAAAAAGCGGGACUCUAUUUCGUAAAUCCAGCGCUAACUAGUGUUUAGGUACACACCACACUAUUUAGACUAUACACAGUACUAACUAGUGUUUAGGUACUCACCACACUAUUUAGACUAUACACAUCACUAACUAGUGUUUAGGUACUCACCACGCUAAUUAGACUAUACACAGUGUUAACUAGUGUUUAGGUACUCACCACACUAUUUAGACUAUACACAGUGCUAACUAGUGUUUAGGUACUCACCACACUAAUUAGACUAUACACAGUGUUAACUAGUGUUUAGGUACUCACCACAAUAUUUAGACUAUACACAGUGUUAACUAGUGUUUAGGUACUCACCACACUAUUUAGACUAUACACAUCACUAACUAGUGUUUGGGUACUCACCACACUAUUUAGACUAUACACAGUACUAACUAGUGUUUAGGUACUCACCACACUAUUUAGACUAUACACAUCACUAACUAGUGUUUGGGUACUCACCACACUAUUUAGACUAUACACAGUACUAACUAGUGUUUAGGUACUCACCACACUAUUUAGACUAUACACAGUGUUAACUAGUGUUUAGGUACUCACCACACUAUUUAGACUAUACACAGUACUAACUAGUGUUUAGGUACUCACCACACUAUUUAGAAUAUACACAUCACUAACUAGUGUUUAGGUACUCACCACACUAUUUAGACUAUACACAGUGUUAACUAGUGUUUAGGUACUCACCACACUAUUUAGACUAUACACAGUGUUAACUAGUGUUUAGGUACUCACCACACUAUUAGACUAUACACAGUGUUAACUAGUGUUUAGGUACUCACCACACUAUUUAGACUAUACACAUCACUAACUAGUGUUUAGGUACUCGCCACACUAUUUAGACUAUACACAGUGUUAACUAGUGUUUAGGUACUCACCACACUAUUUAGACUAUACACAGUGUUAACUAGUGUUUAGGUACUCACCACACUAUUUAGACUAUACACAGUACUAACUAGUGUUUAGGUACUCACCACACUAUUUAGACUAUACACAGUGCUAACUAGUGUUUAGGUACUCACCACACUAUUUAGACUAUACACAGUGUUAACUAGUGUUUAGGUACUCACCACACUAUUUAGACUAUACACAGUACUAACUAGUGUUUAGGUACUCACCACACUAUUUAGACUAUACACAGUGCUAACUAGUAGUGUUUAGGUACUCACCACACUAUUUAGACUACACACAGUACUAACUAGUGUUUAGGUACUCACCACACUAAUUAGACUAUACACAUCACUAACUAGUGUUUAGGUACUCACCACACUAUUUAGACUAUACACAUCACUAACUAGUGUUUAGGUACUCACCACACUAUUUAGACUAUACACAGUGUUAACUAGUGUUUAGGUACUCACCACACUAAUUAGACUAUACACAUCACUAACUAGUGUUUAGGUACUCACCACACUAUUUAGACUAUACACAUCACUAACUAGUGUUUAGGUACUCACCACACUAUUUAGACUAUACACAUCACUAACUAGUGUUUAGGUACUCACCACACUAUUUAGACUAUACACAUCACUAACUAGUGUUUAGGUACUCACCACACUAUUUAGACUAUACACAGUGCUAACUAGUGUUUAGGUACUCACCCCACUAUUUAGACUAUACACAGUGUUAACUAGUGUUUAGGUACUCACCACACUAUUUAGACUAUACACAGUGUUAACUAGUGUUUAGGUACUCACCACACUAAUUAGACUAUACACAUCACUAACUAGUGUUUAGGUACUCACCACACUAUUUAGACUAUACACAUCACUAACUAGUGUUUAGGUACUCACCACACUAAUUAGACUAUACACAGUGUUAACUAGUGUUUAGGUACUCACCACACUAAUUAGACUAUACACGGUGCUAACUAGUGUUUAGGUACUCACCACACUAUUUAGACUAUACACAGUGUUAACUAGUGUUUAGGUACUCACCACACUAUUUAGACUAUACACAGUGUUAACUAGUGUUUAGGUACUCACCACACUAUUUAGACUAUACACAGUGUUAACUAGUGUUUAGGUACUCACCACACUAUUUAGACUAUACACAGUGUUAACUAGUGUUUAGGUACUCACCACACUAUUUAGACUAUACACAGUGUUAACUAGUGUUUAGGUACUCACCACACUAUUUAGACUAUACACAGUGCUAACUAGUGUUUAGGUACUCACCACACUAUUUAGACUAUACACAUCACUAACUAGUGUUUAGGUACUCACCACACUAUUUAGACUAUACACAGUGUUAACUAGUGUUUAGGUACUCACCACACAAAUGAGACUAUACACAGUGUUAACUAGUGUUUAGGUACUCACCACACUAUUUAGACUAUACACAGUGUUAACUAGUGUUUAGGUACUCACCACACUAUUUAGACUAUACACAGUGUUAACUAGUGUUUAGGUACUCACCACACUAUUUAGACUAUACACAGUGUUAACUAGUGUUUAGGUACUCACCACACUAAUUAGACUAUACACAGUGUUAACUAGUGUUUAGGUACUCACCACACUAAUUAGACUAUACACAGUGUUAACUAGUGUUUAGUUACUCACCACACUAUUUAGACUAUACACAUCACUAACUAGUGUUUAGGUACUCACCACACUAUUUAGACUAUACACAUCACUAACUAGUGUUUAGGUACUCACCACACUAUUUAGACUAUACACAGUGUUAACUAGUGUUUAGGUACUCACCACACUAUUUAGACUAUACACAGUACUAACUAGUGUUUAGGUACUCACCACACUAUUUAGACUAUACACAUCACUAACUAGUGUUUAGGUACUCACCACACUAUUUAGACUAUACACAGUGUUAACUAGUGUUUAGGUACUCACCACACUAAUUAGACUAUACACAGUACUAACUAGUGUUUAGGUACUCACCUCACUGGUGUUUAGGUACUCACCACACUAAUUAGACUAUACACAGUGUUAACUGGUGUUUAGGUACUCACCACACUAUUUAGACUUUACACAGUGUUAACUAGUGUUUAGGUACUCACCACACUAAUUAGACUAUACACAUCACUAACUAGUGUUUAGGUACUCACCACACUAAUUAGACUAUACACAUCACUAACUAGUGUUUAGGUACUCACCACAAUAUUUUGACUAUACACAGUACUAACUAGUGUUUAGGUACUCCCCACACUAUUUAGACUAUACAAAGUGUUAACUAGUGUUUAGGUACUCCCCACACUAUUUAGACUAUACAAAGUGUUAACUAGUGUUUAGGUACUCACCACACUAUUUAGACUAUACACAUCACUAACUAGUGUUUAGGUACUCACCACACUAUUUAGACUAUACACAGUGCUAACUAGUGUUUAGGUACUCCCCACACUAUUUAGACUAUACAAAGUGUUAACUAGUGUUUAGGUACUCACCACACUAUUUAGACUAUACACAUCACUAACUAGUGUUUAGGUACUCACCACACUAUUUAGACUAUACACAGUGUUAACUAGUGUUUAGGUACUCACCACACUAUUUAGACUAUACACAGUACUAACUAUUGUUUAGGUACUCACCACACUAUUUAGACUAUACACAUCACUAACUAGUGUUUAGGUACUCACCACAAUAUUUAGACUAUACACAGUGUUAACUAGUGUUUAGUUACUCACCACACUAAUUAGACUAUACACAUCACUAACUAGUGUUUAGGUACUCACCACACUAUUUAGACUAUACACAGUGUUAACUAGUGUUUAGGUACUCACCACACUAUUUAGUCUAUACACAUCACUAACUAGUGUUUAGGUACUCACAACACUAAUUAGACUAUACACAGUGCUAACUACAUUACACUUGAGGGGGGGUAUGUUUUGUUACGUUACACUACAGGGGGGUAUGUUUUGUUACGUUACACUAUA